AUGCUUAUUGUACUUAUAAGUCAUCCAAAUAUUGAUAAAGCUGCUGCUGCACUCGAUGUUUCAAUUGGUAGUUUAGCUAAUCCACGAGAUGUUCCUGGUAUUGCACAUUUUCUUGAACAUAUGCUAUUUAUAGGUAGUACGAAAUAUCCAGGUGAAAAUGAAUAUAAAAAACUCAUAGAAGGUAAUGGUGGUUCCUCAAAUGCAUUUACUUGUAGUGAUCAUACAAAUUAUUAUUUUGAUAUUAAUCCAAGUUUAUUACCAGAUGCACUUGAUAUGUAA